AUGGCCUCAAUGAGUACAUGCCACAACCCUUCAGCUCUUUUCCUCAUUCUGACAGAUAGCAGCUACGCACUCGGAGCUUGCCACUGGUCCGCACCCUACGCGGGCCUAUGCCUAAGCAACGAUACGACCGCCACCCCUGCACGUCCCUUCACUACCUUCUACCACAACCUAUCCUCCUACAACAUCGACAACCAGGGUAUCCUCAACUUGCCCGUGAGUCUUUGGGGUCGCGACGAUCCCGUCUCGUCCGCAAUGCGCUUCGACUACGAAGCUGGAACCAAUCUCGUGGAAAUGACCUUCGCGCUCAGGACCGACAUAUACCAACUGGUGUGCUUCGAAGAGGACGACGCUAGCAUGUACAUUGCAAUCGACGAAGAUGAUACUGGCAAGGUCCGUGAUUGGGUUUUUCCACCGAAAAAGGUCAAGAAUUGGUACAUGUGUCCCUCGAGGUAUAACUUUAAGUUGUGGACGCUGGCAUGGAAGAUUGGAGUUGUGGGCGAGCCGCAAAAUCCUACUUGUUCAAAGGUCGACGUAGUGAGGGUGUGGGCUUGA